AUGGUUCAAUGGCUUGCCUUAGGACAGCUGAUUGUCGUCUCCAGGCUUUUACGUCUUCCGUUCUUCCAGUCUGAUCAGCAGUGUUGCGAAGGGCGUCCCUCUUUCUUUUCAGUUCCUCAAGAUCAUACUAUUCGUGAGAGCUGUGCAAAGUUUGUCAGGAUGUUGGUUGAUGUUGAGGGGACCUGUGUGAAGUUCAUUCUCCAAAAGGUUUGUGAAUCUAGGCCUGAAGUUCAUCCUCUAAAAGCCCCAUCUCGUGGAACGGAGAGGGUUGCUGUUUAG